AUGGAGGCUGGCACCAGUAGCAACGACUACAACAGCUCGGACUGGCAACAAGCCGGUCAUGCGGCAGACGCUCAAGAUCUAGCUGGGCCUGGCGAACAUGGCAGACUCGAAUGCACAGUGUCCAAGCCGCAAAAAGAAGGGGAAGGCACCCAGAACGCAUACGUCUCCUAUCUUGUCACCACCGAGACAGAUUUCAAGUCCUUCCAAAACUCGCAUUCCUCAGUGCGACGGCGCUUCACCGACUUCGUGUUUCUCUACCGCACCCUCGCCAAAGAGUACCCGCAAUGCGCGGUACCGCCUCUCCCGGACAAACAUAACAUGUCGUACGUGCGAGGCGACCGCUUCAGCCCGGACUUCACUCUUCGAAGAGCCUACUCUCUGGGCCGGUUUCUGAAACGACUUACUCUACACCCUGUCCUGCGAAGAGCGGCUAUUCUUGCCCUGUUUCUCGAGUCUACCGAUUGGCAUGGUGUGAUGAAGACAAGACCGAACCGCGGUAUGAGUGCGAGUGAGCCGGGAAGUGGAUCGGUACUUGAAAGCUGGACAGACAGCUUCUUGAACGCCUUUACGAAACCCCACAAGACCGACAAACGAUUCCAAGAAGUCAACGACCGCGCUUCGAAGCUCGACAAUGAUCUCGGCACGGUCAGUAAGACGGUCGCGAGAGUAGCGAAGAGGGAGGGUGACCUUGAAACCGAUUAUGCGGACCUCGCAACGCAGUUCCAGAAGCUAGCAGCAUUGGAGCCUGGGGUGAACGACGAGUUGACCAAGUUCGCAACGAGCGUCCAGAAUACAAGCGAAGGUUGGAAAGGAUUGAAAGAGCAUACGGAUCAAGAUUACCUAGGAUCGCUGAAGGACAUGGAAGCCUACAUUGCUUCGGUCCAGGCCUUGCUCAAGACGCGUGAGCAGAAACAGCUGGACUUCGAAGGUCUGACCGAAUACCUGAACAAGGCGGCUCAAGAACGUGACACCCUCGCUAGCCAUGGUUCAGUCGGCGCAUCCGGCUUCCUACGGCAGAAGAUCGAAGACGUUCGGGGCGUGGAUCACGAGCAAUCAAGACGAGAGCGACAGCGAAAGCUAGAAGUACAGAUCAGUCGCCUGACCACCGAAGUUGAGAAUGCGAAGAAGACGACCGAGGCCUUUGACGAAGAGGUGGUAAAGGAGGUUGCCGACUUCGAACGCAUCAAAGCCGUCGAGUUUCGCGACACAUUGGGCGGACUCGCCGACGCAAACAUCGACUUCUUCAAGGGAAACAUCGACAUCUGGGAGCGAUUCGUCAGCGAUAUGGAGAAGCAGCAGGCUGAGACGUCUGCCAAUACCGCCACGGCCCAGGCUGCAUAA